AUGCACGCCCUCUACUGCCCUCGAUGGCCGUUGUUCUCGUCGCCAUCCGCCGCGCGCCCGAGCCCCGACCCCGACCCCGACCCCGACGCCGUGCGAGCCUCCCUCGGCCGCUCCCUAACUCUGCCGGCGCUCGAGAAAGUCACAACAGAAGAAUUAGCAGAUAUAACCAUUAAAUCUGAAGAGGCUUCUGGUAGCAAGGGUGGCAUGGACCAAACAUCAGAGGGAUCUGCAAGCAUACCAACUCUUGUUCCUGUUGAAGAGAUACAAUCACUGGCUCCCGAACAGAGAGCUAAGAUGCUUCUUCAGGUUCACUUUCAUCACCAUCUCUUGCCCUUGAAGUUGACUGUCCUUUGCAAUGCGAAAAGGCAUCCAGCCAAACUUCACCCGGACAUUGCUUAUUUUGUACGACCACUACCCAUGGACCUAAAUGCUUUUCUAUGCAAGGAAAACCAGCUGAGGGGAAUGUUUGAGUAUGCUAGAAGGUGCACCUUCAAAGAUCAUCUUCAAAAGCACGAGCAGAACCAAGAGAGUACAGACCACAACACCGACGAGAACCUUCUAGUAGCCCAAACUCUCGCAUCGAAAGUCCUCAGCAAUGCCAAUGUUCACCUAGUGUCGAUGGAUAUGCCGGUGACCUUCAGCAUCGACGACGCCUCCGGCCUGUGCUGGCGAUUCAGCAGCGAGAUCCUGAGCACUUCAAACCCCUGCCUGAUCACUAUCGUGGCGGACGGGCAUACCUCGGUACCACUGGAUCUCACUGUCAAGGUGAACUCCGAAGACACGGCGUUCGGCCUGAACCUCCUGAACAGAGUCGUUGCCGUCAUAGAGUGA